CUUUGUUUUGCUUUUAAUUCCCUUUGUGUUGGGGCUUUUCCGUGUACACUCGAGGAAAUGUAUAAGCGCACCAGGGACACUGUGGAGAAAAAAAGGAUUUACAGUCUCAAGGCGCUGUUCAAGAAAGUGGUCCGCAACAUAAGCCUAAACAAUCCGUGGAUUGAAUAUGAAAAUGAUGACGAACGCGCUGUUUCGCGUAAUGUCAAGAAAAAUAUAUCCAUGCGGGUGCGAUCGAAGCACAAGUCCGGAUUUCUUACUGUGGCGGAAAAAGCUAUAAUUCGGACUCCGCAUAAGUCUCGCACAAUUCCGGAAAGAAGGAAAUUGUGUUCCUUGUUCGCUACGCUCAUUUGCUUUGAACAACUUAAUCCAAAACUGCGUGCCCGCUUAGUUCCAGUGAUUAGGCUGCUGCCCAUAACUCCUGGACGUUGUAUUAUUAGUAAGUCGGAUUUUCCCAUAACCGUAUUUUUCAUUGUGGUGGGCGAAGUCCGGAUGAUUAAGGGCAUUGAUAGUAAAGGCAACGAACUGGUGGAGGGCAUUUUCGGUCCAGGAGACGUGAUAGGCGAAGUUGAACUUUUGGAAGGUUGUUUGAGAACACACACCUUCAAGGCAUCAACCUACUGCGAGCUACUGGUCCUCUUCGACUAUGACUUUGCGGAGAUUCUCAGUCCUUAUAUGACGAAGGCCUGGGACGAGAAGAAGCGAGCCCUCAAGGCUCUGGAUUAUUUUGAUUUUCUGGACAAAGAUCAGAUCGUGGAAGCCUGCCGACUUGGGACUCUUAAGCAGUACAGUCCGCUAGAUACUAUUUAUGCCGAGGAUGCGGGUUCCCUGACAGAGGUCCACUUUGUGCUCAGUGGAGAAUGUCUCAUAUUGCAGUGCCUAAAUAUGGCGGUCACGAUGAAAAAAGGUAAACGAGUUUUCCGGCUCAUGGCCGCACAUGAAGACGAAACUUCGAGAAUGCUUAGACAAGGCGUGAAAUCCCAAUAUUCCGCCCUAAGUAAACGUAAAGACGAAACUGCUUCACAAGCGGAAAUUAGUCGCCUUGUGGAAUCCAGUUCCAGUUCCUCCGACAGUGAUCCGAAUUCCGUCAAGCAAUUGAUGCGUAAAAUGAAUUUGCUAGAUAUAGAGAAGUCAUGCGGUUUGAUGAAAGAGAUGAUGGAGCAACGCACUUCGAAUUUCGCUUCUAAAAAAUCUCGGAUGUCUCGCAUGUCGCGGGUGUCUCGGAGGUCUUCAGACAAAGAUCAGGAUUUUAAAGAAGAAAAUGGUGAUGAUCAUUAUGAAGAUUAUUGGGGGGAAUGGACAUUUGAUGAUGAGGUCGAAGAUAAUGACAAAAAUGAUGUUAAAUAUAAUGAAAAAGGCGAUGCUGAAGACGAUGGGCCUAAAUUUGAUGUCACAGCCCCUUUCCCGGCAUCACAUUUAAAUCUUCAAGAUUCCGAGUCCGAUGAAAGUGACAUCAGAUUAAAAUUAUCAUCGAGUUCUUCCUCGAGUAGAGAAGGUGUAACCAAACCAGUUAUUGAGAGCCGCUUCAUCGACGUGGGAUCUAUUUCAUUUGGAGGAAUCUUCGGCUUGGGAGAGCAGAUGAAGCAUCGCGUAAUAAUGGCCAGGACAACGGUUCAGUGCCUGACAUUGCCCAGAUUUUUUCUAAUGGAGCACAAGCAGAACCCUGGCAAUAUCUGGGAGCGCCGGCUAUUCUAUCUGGAGUGCAUGAUCCCGUCGCGGGAAGCCCUGUUCCAACAAUUCCUCAAGACUCGCAAGUGGAAAAAAUUCAAAAACGAUUUCAUUCGACAAACUUUGAAGUCAUCCCACAAUCAUGGCACACAAAGAGAAGACAUUCCAAUAAUGUGCAGAAUCGUUGAAUCUGCAGAGGCAGGCGGCAUUGGUUUUUCAAAAUAAAUUGAGUCAGGGCUGUUCUCACCUCUUCUUGU